UGGUUUGGGUGUCGAAAAGGUGUUUGUUGCGUGCUAAUUUGUGAUUGCAAUUGCAAGUACCAAGUUGAGGAAUGGUGUUUAUUAUUGUAACUAUAUAAGUUAUUAUUGUCUUGUACAAUCAACACGUCUAAAAGAUGGCACCAAUGCGCGGUGAGCGUGGCGGGUCCCCGGCGCGUGGUGCGCGCGCGUCUCUCCCUCUGCCCCGGCGACUCAUCCGGCAGAUAGCGCGACAUGUGGCGUCGAGUGGACGCUCGCUCAGGCGUCUAGAAGUCUCCGGCCGGGUCAUAGACAACUUUGAUGACAUCGACGAGGCGUCCGACGAGUCCGACUUGGAAGUGCCACAACCGGCGGUGGCAUGUGGUGGUAACGCAGGCAACCUACCCCCCACCGAACACGACGACGACCUCACCAGCCUCAGUUGGUUACAAGAUAGGAAUUUAUUAAGAGGUAUAAAUCUUACAAAAGGUGAUUUGGAGGAUCCGAAAAUGAUUGGCCAACAUAUAGUGAUAAAGCAAUCGGACCCAUCAAGGACCCCACCUCCCAUAGCUCGGCUCCCGUCCCCGCCCCCCACUCCGUGCAAAGCCCCCCCGUCGCCCCCUGCAGUGGCCACACACACCAAACCCCCUUACUCAUUCUCCUGCCUGAUCUUCAUGGCAAUAGAAGCUGCUCCGACCCGAGCUCUGCCCGUGAAGGAAAUCUAUGCCUGGAUCGUUCGACAUUUCCCAUACUUCAAGAACGCGCCGCAGGGCUGGAAGAACAGCGUGCGACAUAAUCUGUCGCUGAAUAAGUGCUUCCACAAGGUGGCAGCCGCGCCGGGUCUUGGUAAAGGUUCCCUGUGGACCGUAGAUCCUCAACACCGCUCCUCAUUGUUACAGGCUUUCGGGCGGCAGCCGAUCCCGGCCCCGGCGGACGGGCCGGAGGGCGCGGAGCCGGCGGCGGCGGCGGACGGCGCGGAGGCCGGCAAGGGCGCGCCGGACCCGGCGCUGUUCCCGUUCCUGGCGCGGCGGCUGGCCGGCGAGGCGCGGCCCGAGCCCGGCGCGGAGGAGUACCUGGCCGCCGCCACCGUGCUCGCCAUGAAGUACGGGCCCGCCGUGCUCGAUCAGCUCCCUCCUGCGGCGCACCUUGUGAUCUCGCGGUGCGCCCGCGACGAGCACUCAUACAGCGGCGGCUGCGAGGAACGCCGCACGGCCGAGGCGCUGCUCAACCUCGCCGGCGUGGCGCCCGCGCCCGCGCCCGCGCCCAGCUAG